CUUCUGUUUGGAUUGCAGUGGCCGAAUGAUAGCGAUCCCCCUGGGAAAAAACAGGUCAAAAAAAGGGGUAGAAAUGUCACCAAACUCUGAAUAUCUACCUCAUUAACAGGGGAAGCGGAGCGGAGUAGAGAGGGGGAGAAGAAAAAAAACAAACGAGAGAGAUCAUGAUCAAACCGAGCCUCGGCGGAUCCACUCGCUCCAUCUAUCUGGGUCUGGCUUGUCUUUCCCUCGCUCUCCACCUCCUUCUGGCGUUUUUUUGUCUCUCUGUCCUCCAGACAGCCUGUGUCCUUCCCACCUCCUCCCCCGCCUCCACUCCGACUAGAACAGAUAGUCAGCACAGUCAGCCCAUCUCCCACUCCUCCUCCUCCUCCUCUUCAGCCUCCUCACGCAAACUGCCGACGAUCCCCCAGAGUGAAGAGCAUCACACGCUGAGCGCCAACACCUCCACUGAUGCCAGCGAGAGGCAAGCGAAACUGAUGGCAGCUGGGAAGGGCCCAAGGGUCAAGAGUCUCUCAAAGGUGGAGGAGCUGUUCAAGCACCCGCUGUACAACCUGCCGCGCCCGCCGCUGCAAGACGACGAUUGGCUGCUGAGGGUGAAGACAAACGAACACGCCGGGGAUGGAGGAAGUGAGGAAGAGGAGAAGGAAGACGCCGUCUUGAACGAGAGUCAGUGGCACAGCACCAGCGUGGAGGGAGGCUACGACAAAGCCUCUUGGACGAGCGAGGCGGAGACCCACCCUCCCUGGCUACGCUUCCACCUGGGCAUCUCCCGCUGGGAGCUGUACGACAGGAAGGAUCCCAUCCUGGCCCAGCUGACUCACUACUUGGCGACGCAACGUGUCCUCGGCGCUGUGCAGAAGACGGGGGGCACCCAGCUCAAACUGGUCAUGUCGUUCCCAAACCACGGACAAGCCCUGCUGAAACCCAUGAAACAAUCCAGAGACGCAGAGACGAACGUGAACCUCUUCUACUUCUCCGACUUUGAAAGACACAACGCGGAGAUCGCCGCCUUUCACCUUGACAGAUUAUUGGGCUUUAACAGGAUCCCUCCAGUGGUUGGCCGACUCAUCAAUGUCACUUCAGAGGUCAGAGAGAUUACAUCUGACAAAAAGCUGUCUAGGACCUUCUUCACUUCCCCUGCGGGGAACGUGUGUUUUUACGGCCAGUGUGAGUACUACUGCUCACCAGAGCACCCGGUGUGCGGCCGUCCGCAUGAGCUGGAGGUCUCCCUGGCUGCCAUGCUCCCCGACCUCACCCUGGCUCCCCGCAGGUCCUGGAGGUCACCGUGGAGACGCUCCUACAGCCGCCACAAGCUAGCAGAGUGGCAGAAGGACCCGGCCUACUGCGACACGGUGAAGCAGAAGCCUCCGUACAACCAGGGCACCCGGCUGGUGGAUCUCAUAGACAUGGCCGUGCUGGACUUCCUCAUGAGCAACAUGGACAGACAUCACUAUGAGACGUUUGAGAAAUUUGGCAACGAGACUUUUCUGCUGCACCUGGAUAACGGACGGGCAUUUGGGCGUCACUCUCAGGACGAGCCGUCGAUUCUUGUGCCUUUGCAACAGUGUUGCAGGAUCCGUCGCACCACCCUACUGCGCCUGCGCCUCUUGUCCCUCCCGGGCUUCCGUCUGAGUGACGUCAUGCGGGAGUCGCUGCUCGGUGACCCCCUGGCCACCGUGGCCCCCGUCCUCUCCGAACCCCACCUGUCUGCUUUGGACCGACGCCUCGCAGCCGUCCUGCAGGUGGUUGAGGCCUGCGAGCAGCACCACGAUGAUGUCAUCUACGACGACUGGGAAGGAUGAGAUGGGGGGGGGGGGG